GAGUACAUGGUGUAUCGUAAACACACCUACAUGCGUCUGGAUGGCUCCUCCAAGAUCUCAGAACGCAGAGACAUGGUGGCUGACUUCCAGAGCCGGUGAGUAGACUGUGUGUAGUCUCUUCUUAGUGUAAAUCCUCAGUGGUGUAGACUAUUGGCUGUGGACGGUUUGGUCUCACUCCUGUUUGUCUGUAUCCUGCCUGUUUCUGUGUGUUCUGGUUUGCAUUAGUUCUGUUCUCUGUGGGCCUUUUGGCGCUCUGCUUCUGGUUGUGGUGAACGUAUGCUACAUUGAAGGUGUUGGAGGGCCGGUAGGAGGCACUCUUUCAUCUGGUCAAAAAACAAUAUCCCAAUGCCCCAGGGCAGGACAUUGCCCUGUGUAGGGUGCCGUGUUUCUUGUUGGGCGUUAAACGGGUGUCCUGACUCUGGUCACUAAAGAUCCCUUGGCACUUAUCGUAAGAGUCGGAGUGUUAACCCCGGUGUCCUGGCUAAAUUCCCAAUCUGACCCUCAUACCAUCAUGGCCACGUAAUCAUCCCCAGCUUCCAAUUGGCUCAUUCAUCCCCCCUCCUCUCCCCUGUAACUAUUCCCCAGGUCGUUGCUGUUAAUGAGAAUGUGUUCUCAGUCAACUUACCUGGUCAAAUAAGGGUAUUUUUUUAAAAGUAAUGUUCUUCCUCUUUCCUCCCUCUCUCAGGACUGAUAUCUUUGUGUUCCUCCUGAGUACGAGGGCUGGAGGUCUGGGCAUCAACCUGACUGCUGCUGACACUGUGAGUCACUCUGUCUGCUUCUCUCUCAUCCACUUAAAGUGGAGCCAUUUAAAAUACAGCGCCUUCGGAAAGUAUUCAGAUACCCUUGCUUUUUCCAUAUUUUGUUACCUUACAGCCUUAUUCCAACAUUUAUUAAAUUGUUUUUUUCCCCCCCCUCAUCCAUCUACACACAAUACCUCAUAAUGACAAAGCAAAAACUGGUUUUUAGAAAUGUUUUACAAAUGUAUUAAAAAUAAAAAACGGAUAUCAUAUUUCCAUAAGUAUUCAGACCUUUACUCAGUACUUUGUUGAAGCACCUUUGGCAGCGAUUACAGCCUCGAGUCUUCUUGGGUAUGACGCUACAAGCUUGACACACCUGUAUUUGGGGAGUUUCUCCCAAUUCUUCUCUGCAGAUCCUCUCAAGCUCUGUCAGAUUGGAUGGGGAGCAUCGCUGCACAGCUAUCUUCAGUUCUCUCCAGAAAUGUUAGAUCAGGUUUAAGUCCGGGCUCUGGCUGGGCCACUCUAAGGACAUUCAGAAACUUGUCCCGAAGCCACUCCUGCGUUGUCUUGGCUGUGUGCUUAGGGUCGUUGUCCUGUUGGAAGGUGAACCUUCGCCCCAGUCUGAGGUCCUGAGUGCUCUGGAGCAGGUUUUCAUCAACGAUCUCUCUGUAUUUUGCUCUGUUCAUCUUUCCCUCAAUCCUGACCAGUCUCCCAGUCCCUGCCGCUGAAAAACAUCCCCACAGCAUGAUGCUGCCACCACCAUGCUUCACCAUAGAGAUGGUGCCAGGUUUCCUCCAGAUUCAGGCCAAAGAGUGCAAUCUUGGUUUCAUCAGACCAGAGAAUCUUGUUUCUCAUGGUCUGAGAGUCUUUUAAGGUGCCUUUUGGCAAACUCCAAGCGGGUUGACAUGUGCCUUUUACUGAGGAGAGGCUUCUGUCUGGCCACUUUACCAUAAAGGCCUAAUUGGUGGAGUGCUGCAGAGAUGGUUGUCCUUCUGGAAGGUUCUCCCAUCUCCACAGAGGAACUCUGGAGCUCUGUCAGAGUGACCAUCGGGUUCUUGGUCACCUCCCUGACCAAGGCCCUUCUCCCCCGAUUGCUCAGUUUGGCCGGGCGGCCAGCUCUAGGAAGAGGCUUGGUGGUUCCAAACUUCUUCCAUUUAAAGAUGAUGGAGGCCACUGUGUUCUAGGGAACCUUCAAUGCUGAAAAAAAAUGUUGGUACCCUUCCCCAGAUCUGUACCUCGACACAAUCCUGUCUCGGAGCUCUACGGACAAUUCCUUCGACCUCAUUGCUUGGUUUUUGCUCUGACAUGCACUGUCAACUGUGGGACCUUAUAUAGACAGGUGUGUGCCUUUCCAAAUCAUGUCCAAUCAAUUUAAUUUACCACAGGUGGACUCCAAUCAAGUUUGCAGAAACUCUCAAGGAUGAUCAAUGGAAACAGAUACACCUGAGCCGCAAUUUCAAGUCUCAUAGCAAAGGGUCUGAAUACUUAUGUAAAUAAGGUAUUCGUUUUUUAUGUUAAAUAAAUUUGCAAAGAUGUCUAAAAACCUGUUUUCACUUUGUCAUUAUGGGGUAUUGUGUGUAGAUUGAUGAAGAUUUUUAUUUAUUUAAUCAAUUUUACAAUAAAGCUGUAACGUAACAAAAUGUUGAAAAUGGGGUCCGAAUACUUUCCAAAUGCAGUGUAUGUAUGUUUAAAUAAGCUGCUAUAAAUAUUUCUCCAAACAGAGGCCUGUAUGGCUGUAUAACUGUUUUCCCCAGCUGAUUUUCUAGGGGGCUGUGAGUAAUUAUGUAUGCACGCAUGACUGUAAGUUCGCUUUGGAUAAAAGCGUCUGCUAAAUGGCAAUAUUAUUAUUAUAUUUAUAUAAUUAUAAUUUGCCCUCUUCCACUCCUCCCCCCUCCUUCCCUCUUUCGCUCUCCCCCUCCCUCUCUCCCCCUCUCUUUCGCUCUCCCCUCUCCCUCCCCCCCCCCUCCUCUCCCCAUCUCCCCCUCCCUCCCACCUCUCCCCUCUCUCCCCCUCGUUUUCUCCUCUCCCCCUCCCCUCUCUCUUCCCCCUCUCGUCCCUUCUCCCUCUCCCCCUCUCCCUCUCACCGCUCUCUGCUCUCUCCCUCUCCCCCUCGAUCCACGUCCCCCCUCCGUCUGCUCACGACUCUCUCCUCUCUCUCUUUCUCUCUUCUCCUCCCCUCUUCUCCCUCUCCUCUCCGCCCUCUCUCUGUCCCCGUCUCUCUCUCCCCCCUCUCUCUCUCCCCUCCUCCCUCUCUCUCCCCCAUCUCUCCCCUCUGUCGCCCCUCCCUCCUCGCCAGCAUCGCCGCGCCCGUCUCCUCCUCUCAUCAUCCCAUCCCCCCCUCCAGAAACAGAAAGCAAAAAUAACCUCUGCAUCCCGCCGUCUCCCCCUCCCUCUCGUCUCUUUCUCCCUCUCCCCUCCGCUGCUAUCCCCCUCGCGCCUCUCCCCGUCUCCCUCUCUCGCUCUAGGUGAUCUUCUAUGACAGUGACUGGAACCCCACAGUGGACCAGCAGGCGAUGGACAGAGCUCACCGCCUGGGUCAGACCAAGCAGGUCACUGUGUACCGUCUCAUCUGUCAGCUCACUAUAGAGGAGAGGAUACUGCAGAGGGCCAAGGAGAAGAGUGAGGUGAGACACUCACACAUACAGACAUACACACACUACUUUGGGUCAAGAAGAAAUGGAGCUCACAGUACUGACAUCCAACAGGAUUUAAUACGAUGCUUUGAACAGUACUGACAUCCUACAGGAUUUAAUACGAUGCUCUGAACGGUACUGACAUCCUACAGGAUUUAAUACUAUGCUCUGAACGGUCACUAAUUACGUUGCUCUGAACGGUUGACAUUCCUACCGGCUUUAAUACGAUGCUCUGAACGGUACUGACAUCCUACAGGAUUUAAUACGAUGCUCUGAACGGUACUGACAUCCAACAGGAUUUAAUACGAUGCUCCGAACAGUUUCUAUUUUCUCACAGCUUUCUAUCCUUUUUAGAGAGAGAACCCAAAGGCCUUGGUCCUAGUUAACCCUUUGUAACCCUGUGUCCCUCUCUCUCCCCCCAUCAGAUCCAGAGGAUGGUGAUCUCCGGGGGUAACUUUAAACCAGACACCCUGAAGCCUAAAGAGGUGGUCAGUCUGCUGUUGGAUGACGAGGAGCUGGAGAAGAGACGUGAGGGGACUUUUCAGAAAUGUGAUUGGUUGCUGUGUUCGUGUGAGAGCCUGUUACUGAUACCUCUGUAUUGUGUCCUGCAGUGCGUGUUCGUCAGGAGGAGAAGAGACAACAGGAGGAGUGCAGCAAGGUGAAGGACCGCAAGAGGAAGAGAGAGAAAUACGCUGACAAGGUACUAAUGUCACCCUAAUGUCACUUUAAUGUCACUUUGUCACCCUAAUGUCAAUUUGUCACUUUAAUGUCACCAUUAUGUCACCCUAAUGUCAAUUUGUCACCCUUAUGUCACCCUAAUGUCACCCUUAUGUCACCCUAAUGUCACCCUGUCACUUUAAUGUCACCCUUAUGUCACCCUAAUGUCAUCCUAGUGUCACCCUUAUGUCACCCUAAUGUCACCCUAGUGUCACCCUAAUGUCACCCUAGUGUCACCCUUAUGUCAUCCUAGUGUCACCCUUAUGUCACCCUAAUGUCACCCUUAUGUCAACAUAAUGUCACCCUAAUGUCACGCCUUUUUAAUGCUUGCUUUUUAAAGAAUACACAUACAGUGCAUUCAGAAAGUAUUCAGACUGAUUUACUUUUUCCACAUUUUGUUAGGUUACAGCCUUAUUCUAAAAUUGAUUAAAUUGUUAUUUCUCAUCAAUCUACACACAAUACCCCAUAAUGACAAAGCAAAAACUGGUUUUUAGAAAGUUUUGCAAAUGUAUUAAAAAUAAACAACUGAACUAUCACAUUUACAUAAGUAUUCAGACCCUUUACUCAGUAUUUUGUUGAAUACCUUUGUCAGCGAUUACAGCCUCAAGUCUUCUUGGGUAUGGCGCUACAAGCUUGGCACACCUGUAUUUGGGGAGUUUCUCCCAUUCUUCUCUGCAGGUCCUCUCAAGCUCUGUCAGGUUGGAUGGGGAGUGUCGCUGUACAGUUAUUUUCAGUUCUCUCCAGAGAUGUUCGAUCAGGUUUAAGUCCGGGCUCUGGCUGGGCCACUCAAGGACAUUCAGAGACUUGUCCCGAAGCCACUCCUGCGUUGUCUUGGCUGUGUGCAUAGGGUCGUUGACCUGUUGGAAGGUGAACCUUCGCCCCAGUCUGAGGUCCUGAGUGCUCUUUGCUCUGUUCAUCUUUCCCUCGAUCCUGCCUAGUCUCCCAGUCCCUGCCGCUGAAAAACAUCUCCACAUCAUGAUGCUGCCACCACCAUGCUUCACCGUAGGGAUGAUGCCAGGUUUCCUCUAGCUGUGACGUUUGGCAUUCAGGCCAAAGAGUUCAAUCUUGGUUUCAUCAGACCAGAGAAUCUUGUUUCUCAUGGUCUGAGAGUCCUUUAAGUGCCUUUUGGCAAACUCCAACGGGCUGUCAUGUGCCUUUUACUGAGGAGUGGCUUCCGUCUGGCCACUCUACCAUAAAGGCCUGAUUGGUGGAGUGCUGCAGAGAUGGUUGUCCUUCUGGAAGGUUCUCCCAUCUCCACAGAGGAACUCUGGAGCUCUGUCAGAGUGACCAUUGGGUUCUUGGUCACCUCCCUGACCAAGGCCUUUAUCCCCCGAUUGCUCAGUUUGGCCAGGCGGCCAGCUCUAGGAAGAGUCUUGGUGGUCCCAAACUUCUUCAAUUUAAGAAUGAUGGAGGCCGCUGUGUUCUUGGGGACCUUCAAUGCUGCAAAAAAAUGUUGGUACCCUUCCCCAGAUCUGUGCCUCGACACAAUCCUGUCUCGGAGCUCUACGGACAAUUCCUUCGACCUCAUUGUUUGGUUUUGCUCUGACAUGCACUGUCAACUGUGGGACCUUAUAUAGACAGGUGUGUGCCUUUCCAAAUCAUGUCCAAUCAAUUGAAUUGACCAAAGGUGGACUCCAAUGAAGUUGCAGAAACAUCUCAAGGAUGAUCAAUGGAAACAGGAUACACCUGAGCUCAAUUUCAAGUCUCAUAGCAAAGGGUCUCAAAACCUAUGUAAAUAAAGUAUUUCUGUUUUUUUAUUUGUAAUAAAUUAGCACACACAACAAAAUCUGUUUUUGCUUUGUCAUAAUGGGGAUUUUUAUUUAUUUAAUCAAUUUUAGAAUAAGCCUGUAACAUAACAAAAUGUGGAAAAAGUCAAGGGGUCUGAAUACUUUCCGAAUGAACUGUAUAUGACAUAUCAGGGACAUAUUAUUGUUCCCGACAACACCUCAAAGAGAAAAAAAUAUAUAUAAUGCUUAUUUAUUAGUUAGAGAAGAACAUUGGGGCUUUAAUCCCAGAACUACUCACAUCAAAGAGCAUUACAGCACGGUGCCCCCCCUUACAGAGGGAAGAGCAGGAAGCCACUGAAGAUGCUGUGGUUAUCCCCAUUGUCAAAGAUACCUUCAGGGAGAUGCACAGAAACCCUACCUCCCACUUCCAGCUCAAAAAUUAAUGCAUUGGAUAUGGAAGUUUGACCCUCCCCACUAUUGCCUUCCCCAAUCAACACAACUUGUUGUCCAUUCUGGUCAAGGCAUACAGUCGUGUAUCCCCCACUGUAAUUAUCACUGAUGCUGUGACUCUAUAAACUCUUCCACUGAUGGCUGUGACCUCCGUAUAGACUCUACUGUCUGCCCAAGUCCAUCAGAUUCCAAGUUCCACCUUACUCCUAUAACCCCACUCCCCCUCCCCCUCGCCCCCCCCCCCCUCUCUCGUCUCUCCCCUCCUCUCGUCUCUCCUCCCUGCCUCUCUCUCUCUCUCUCCCCUCUCCCUCGCUCCCACUCUCUACUCUCAUCACCCCCUCCUCCACCCUCAUCUCACACAUCCCUCCUCACCAUCAACACCCCUCUCCUCACCCCUCCCAUCUCUCCCCUCUCCCUCCUCCCCCUCACUCCCUCCCACCCCUCUCUCCCCUCGUCUCCGUCUCUCCAGAAAACUCUCCCUCUACCCCCCUCCCUCUCCCUCUCCCCGUCCCCCCCUCAAACUACUCCCACCCGUCCCGCAAAGCCCCGCCAGCACUCGUCAACCUCUCGCUCCCCCUCCCCUCUCCUCCCCCUCCCUCUCUCUCUCUCCCCCCCCUCCCUCUCUCUCUCCCCCUCCCUCUCUCUCUCUCUCUCUCUCUCUCCCCCCCUCUCUCUCUCCAUACAGAGAAAGAAGGAUGACGAGGAUCCUAAGAGGAGGAAAGAAGUGAACCUGGUCAUCCCUUACAUCCCGUCUGCAGACAACUCUAACCUCUCAGCCGAUGGAGAUGAUUCAUUCAUCAGUGUAGACAUGGACGACUCUGCCAUGCCCAGCCCCUUCAGCGAGGUGAGAGAUGGAGGAGCGAGUGGGAGGGAGGUUAGAUUUGCUGCAUCUGUAAACUCUGAACUUACUGCUUCUAUUCCUCCUUCUCUGGACUGGUCUUCCCUCUAUAUCUUGUCUCCGUUGUGGACUCUGCUAUUCCCUUUCUCCUCCUACUUUUAUCCCUUCUCCUCCUCCUCUCUCUCCACCUCCUUUGUGCCCCCUUCUUGGCAUUCCUGCCUCCUCUACCGGCCCCUCUCCCCUCCCGGCCCCUCCCCUCUCCCCUCCCGGCCCCUCCCCUCUCGGCCCCUCCCCUCUCCUGGCCCUUCUCCUCUCCUCUCCCGGCCCCUCUCCCCUCCCGGCCCCUCUCCCCUCCCGGCCCCUCUCCUCUCCCGACCCCUUUCUUCUUCUCUUCUUCCUCCUUCUCUGCCUCCCUUGAGGCCCUGUGCCCCUCUCUUCCUCCUCCUCCUCCUCCUCCACCCUAACCCCCAGGUGUGUGCGUCUCUCCUCUCUCUCCCUGGUCAGAUCUCUCUGAGUAGUGAGCUCCAGCCCAGCUCCCUGCCUCCAGACCAUGACCCAGACCAGGACCCAGACCCAGACCAGGACGAGAGCAGCAGUGACAUGCUAGUCAUCGUAGACGACCCUGUGUCUUCAGCACCUCAGUCCAGAGCCACCAACUCACCUGUCAGCGUGUCUGGAUCCAUGUCGGACAACAUGAACGGUAAGAGGAGGAUAGUUAAUCAAUCCUCAGGCAAUCAAUUAAAGAAUCAGUCCGUC